AUGUCGCUCGGCAAAAAUUUUAAGUCACUCCCCAACGACAAGAAGAAGGCCAUCACCCUUCAUCUUGUCAUUCAACACGCCCAGGAGCCGAACAUCCAGCGAUCGCCAAAGAGCUCGGAGAGCCUGGUUCUACCACGCAAUCGCAGUCGCUACCUAGCUAUCAAGAAGGAGUGGCAGAAAGCAUACGAAGACAUCUGCAACGAUGCUGGCUUAGCUGUCGGCGCCAAUAGCGACACUGCUGAAGCUGCCCCGGCCACUCCGAAGAAGCGAAAGGCUAAUGGCACUGACAAGGCAAAGACUCCAGCCAAGAAGAAGUCAAAGGCGGCAGAGGGUGACGAGUCGAAGGUCAAAGAAGAGCCAAAGGAUGAUGAUGGCGACGGCGACAACGACGUCAAGGACGAGGUCGAUGAUGAAUCCGUUUCCGCCUGA